AUGGGAACACAUCCCGAUAUUCAGGAGAAGGUACACCGCGAAGUAGAUGAGGUGUUGGGAGAAGUAGACCGAGCUCUCACAUACGAAGAUAUUGGUAAUCUAAAAUACCUCGAA